AUGGCCUACCUGUUUGAUGGAGCAUGUGACUUGAAUAUUGAUUUCCUUAAGGGCAAUUCCUUCCUUCCAAUACAAGGUAUAUGGUUAUCUAUGUGCGAUAAUUUGCUUCUCAAUCGGGAUCCAUAUGCACCCCCAGGGAAUUACUGCCCCAAAAACAAGUUGGUAAACGAUAUGAGUAGACCAAACAAAGGUGCACAGUUCUGUCCUGGCAACAGCCGUGGUGGCAGAGGUGGAGGACGGGGUCGUAGGAGCCACACAAGCAGAGAUCGCGGUGAUCAUGGGAACCCAAAUGAUAGAUUUCGCGAUGAAGGCAGAAAUUUCCAUAGACAAGAUAGUAGAGACAGCAAUCUAUAUGGAAAUGAUAGUCGAAGAGAUAGAGAUUAUGGUCCGGACUAUAGAACACGAGAUGGAGACAUGAAUUAUGGACAAAAUAGAAGACAAAGCCCAAAUAGAUACCGAAGACAUAGUCCAAAUAGAGACUAUAGACAUGAUAGAAGAGACAGCCCAAAUAGAGACUAUAGAUAUGAUGAUAACAGAGAUUAUAGACAAGACACAAGACAAAGUCCAAAUAGAGAUAGAAGACAUAGUCCAAAUAGAGACUAUAGAUAUGAUAGAAGAGACAGCCCAAAUAGAGACUAUAGAUAUGAUGAUAACAGAGAUUAUAGACAAGACACAAGACAGAUCCCAAAUGGAGAUCGAAGACAUAGUCCAAAUAGAGACUAUAUGCAUAAUAGAAGCAACAAACCAAAUACAGACUAUAGGCGAGAUAAUAGACAACAGCAACAACCAAUUUUUGAUGGAUAUUCUCUACCACCCAGUUACCAAAUGAUUCAUAAUCAGCCAUCAUUUCCACUGCCUCUUCCAGGACAGCCUCUACUGCCAAAUCCUGUACCACCUCUUAUGAGUUUUACUUCACCACCACCUCCUCUCUAUUAUGCUUUUCCUAAUAUGCCUAUACAUGAUACAAACCUGAUACGACUCGAUUCUACAUCAAAUCAGUCUUUAGCCUCGAAUUCGUCGAGGCAAAGCACUCCACCACAGUUUCCAAACAAAGGUUCAAAAGAUGGUUUUCAAGGAAGAGCUCGAGGACGAGGUCGUGGAAGAGGUCAAGGUCGUGGAAGAGGACAAGGUCGCGGAAGAGGCCAGGGUCGUGAUGCACGAAGAAGAGAGUCCAGUACUACAUCCAGUAAAGGUGACUGCGAACUUGAUUCAUUUGGUUCUGAUGUGUCUAGAGAACCCGAGAAAAUAGCGCCUAAGACUGAAAAGAAGGAAACGUUUCUUUUCUUUAUAUUCAAGGGAAAGUCUGACGAAUCUUUUGAUUAUGGAGCCUAUUUAAAAUCUAGAACUGGAAGUCUCACAUCUAUCGAGUAUGAUAUUCAAGCAAUUAUGAAAACUGGCAACAGCAAAGUUGUCUUAGGUUUGUUUCACUCUAAAGCCUCAGCUAAUAAAGUGAUAAAAUAUUUUAGGAAAACCAACAGCUCAUCCGAAAUUGAAGUUUUAUGUUACACUAGGGAUCUUUUACCACCCAUUUAUCAUGAUUUAGCCCAUGUUAAUUUGGAGAAAAAGAUAAAGAAGACUAAAAUUCAAGAAAAAGAAGCAUCUAAAGGACAGGAAUCAGCCCAAGCAACCAAAAAGAAAACGAAAAAGAAAAAGAAGGUAGAAUCUACACCUGAAAUACAUGAGACGACACUUUAUUUGAGUAUUGAUGAUGCAUUGAAGAGCCAAGAUGCUGUGGGUUUUAUCAGAGCGCGGAUGGGUACAGGAACUAUUUAUCCAUUUCAGUUGGUUUCCUCAGUAUUAAGUGAAGAUGGAUCCUCAACCAAUAUAGAAAUUAAGGUACAAAGUGAGGCCAUAGCAGACAUAGUAAUCAGACAGUUGGAAGAGAGCAACACAAACAGUCCAACCAAUGUGGUUUGUUCCUUGAUCCCAAUAUCAACAGAAUCCACCUCGAAAAGAGAAAUGAUACAGCAGGUUCUCUCUGGUAUCAAAACCAAAUCCAAACAACGUAUAGAACAUCAUGAACUUAAAAUCAAUGAUGCAAAUAACAGAUUAGAAGAAUUCGUCAUCAGCCCCAAUAUAUCCGUUAAAGAAUACAACAGAAAAGUAGCCGAACGAGACGCUAUCAAAGCAAAGUUGGAGGAACUGAAGUCACAAAAAUUGGAAUACCAAAACUAUUUCGAAAAGAUUACCGCUGACAUCAGCAAGUCUGAAAAUAUUGAGAAUUUUAAAGAAUAUAUUCAACAAUUGAGUAAACAGUUCAGUAUAGAAUGUUGCCGUCUUGAUACAGCUUUACCGAUCUAUGCUAGAAGAUCAGAUAUAUUAUCCUGUAUUGCCAACAACCAAGGUGAUUUUGUAGAAUCGCCAUCUCAAGAUGCUCUUAAUUCAGCUUUGAAGACUCUGGUUCAGUUGAAUGCCGUAAAAGAUGGAAAGAUAACAGACCAUGGUAACUGGCUGGCCAAGGUUCCCUUUGAACCAAGAUUGAGCUCAAUUGUCAAGAAAGGAUUUGAUAAAGGGUUUGUGUAUGAUGCUUUAGUUCUGGCGUCUUUGAUUAGUUCUGGUGGUUCACUUUUCUAUCGUGGUGGAUCUGAUAGUGAAAAGGACAAUAGCGAUUUGGUCAAAACACAAUUCUGUCAACAUCAAGGUGAUUGCUUUACGCUACUCGAAGUGUACAAAGUGUGGAUUGCUCAGACUGACGACAAGAGAAAUAAAUGGUGCUUUGACAAUUACGUUAAUAACAAAGUGAUACGAGGGGUCUUUGAAACCGUUUCAGAAAUAUCAGGUAUUUUGAAGAGAGAACUUGGAAUCGAAGUAAAGAAAGAAUUUUCACAAGACCAAGGCCUCGCAGAAAGUUUUCAAAAGAUCAUUCUGUUAGCUUUCACAGAAAACAUUGCUCACUUUACUGGUCAUCGAAAGGCUGGAUAUUUUGUACCAAGUCUAGAUCAGCAGGUCUUUAUUCACCCGUCUUCAUCACUCAAAGUUUUAAAUGAUUCUAGUGAGUGGGUGGUAUUUUGCAAUGUUUUAAGAACGUCAACUGAUUUUAUUACUACCGUCACACCAGUCAGAGAAGAAUGGAUACAAGGAAUGAUGAAACUACAUUUUGAUAUAGAAAACGUAAAAAGUAAACGAAUUUCGAUUGUCCACACAGAAUAUUUUGGAUCAAGCUCUUUUUCCAUGUUUGUUGGUCCACGAUUUACUAAAUUAAGAAAAUAUGAAGAGAUGUUGACACAGAUCUGUGGUUGUAUUGUGAUGAUUGAUGCUGAUCGAGAUAGAGGUGAAGUGAGAUUCUAUACUUCUUCAUUGAAUGAAACGGCCAAGCAGGUAAUUGCUAAAUGGAGACAUGAAGCUAUACAGCCCGUUUUAAUGAAGACAGAAGAAUUUCAGUUGGGUUCUAAGCGUACCAGGACUGGAGGAGUUCGAAUUGUUCUGGGAAAAGGAGGAGAGGGUACUUUGCUUCUGAUGCCCCUUGAUUACCGCUCUGUAUAUAUAACAAAGCCCAAUUGUAAAACUUCGUCGAAAGAAAAUAUCAAGGAGAAAUUUUCAAAAUUUGGAGAAAUUGUAGAUUGUUGGGAAUAUAAAAGACCGGAUGGUAGAUGGGGUUGUGUUACAUUUUCUUCAGAUGUAGCAGCUAGACUUGCUGUGAAGGAAACUGAAAACGAUAAUGUCGAUGUAGCAAUCCCAGAUAUCAAACAGUCAGAAAGACGAAUUACAGUGAAGAUCGACGUCAAUGAUGCUUCAACAGGUUUGAUCCUCCGUCGUUUGCCACCAAAUACCAAAGAAGCUGAAAUCAAAGAAAGUCUUUGUAAUAGUUUGAGUUUUAUAUCUGAAGAAGCAAAAGCCAAUAUUCAAAGGGUAUCUGUAGUGAGAGAAAAAGUACAAGCUACCAGUGUCGACGAUAUAGACAAUAUAAAAAGAGCAAUUUCUGUGUAUAUUUCGAACUAUGUUAAUGGACAAACUGGAUUUGUUGUAGAUGUUGUGAAACCGAAGAAGAACACAGACAUAAACUUUGUAGCUUAUGCUAAAUUUUAUUCAGCAGAAGAUGGUUAUCUGGCUUGUAGAGGUUUAAAUGGUGUUAUGAGAAUUAAUAAUCAACCAGUUACAAUGAUUCCAGAUGUAUCAUCUUCUAUCAACAUUUCACAACAAGUGUAUCGUAUCAUGAAAUCAUCUAUUGAUGAAGCUGUAGAGGCUCUUCAUAAGACUCUCGAUUUCAAAUUUCAUGAAAAAGAAUUGAACAACGGGCGAGUGAUUCUGAAUCUAUACAGCAAAUCCUCUUCAGACUUAGCUCAGACAAGAGCCAUAUUAGAUGGUAUUUUGAAAGGGGAGGUGAUUGAAUGCUGGAGAAAUGAGAAUUAUCGCCAUCUGUUCCUUAGACAUGGACGACAGUUUGUUCAAAAAGUUGAAGAAAAAACCCAAACAGUGAUCAUAAUGGAUGAAAGGACAAAUUCUAUUAGAAUUUUUGGACCCAUGGCCAAAUUUGCCACAGCUCAGAUGGAAUUACAAAACUACCGGAAUGAUAUAUUGAAUGGGGGUUGGAAAGAGAUAGACUUGAGGGGUCCAAGACGUCCACGGGGUUUGAUGAAAACUCUGAUCAAACAAUAUGGGUUAACCCUAGAAAACCUUGUAGAAGAUUCUGGUCUACAGUCAAUUCUUUUAAAUCAUAAAAGACAAACAGUGAAGAUCAUUGGUGAAUCUGGAGCCGUGGAGAAAGCCUGUCAACUAAUUGAUGGUCUGUCUGAUUCUCUUCUUGAAACUUUUCAUUAUGCUAAUAAUUCUGAAUCUGCUGCUGGUGAGCCAGGGGAUGAACUACCAGAAUGUUGUGCUUGUAUUUGUCCAAUUGACAGUUUGGCAGAACUUUACCGAUUAGAGAAUUGUUCCCAUGCUUAUUGUCUUGGCUGCUUUAAGCAACAAAUACAGGUUGCUAUACAGAGUAAGGAUCUUCCAAUUCUCUGCAGCGAAGAGUCCUGUCAAGAACCGUUUACUUGGGUUGAUUUCAAGCACAGUUUUACUAAAGUCCAGAUAGAUCCCCGGGCGUUGAUCAGAGCAGCUGUAACAAAAUUUAUGUUGAAAAGUGGAAGAGGUACAUAUCAUCAUUGUCUAACCCCGGAUUGUCCUGUUAUCUAUAAAACUAAUACAGAAAAUACCCAGUAUAUUUGUGAAGAGUGUGGUAUCAGGAUCUGUUCAUCCUGUCAUAUUGAAUACCACGAUGGUCUGUCAUGUGCUAUGUACAAAUCUCAAGAAAGGGACAAAGAAGAAAUCGAGGCGUAUUUAAGAAGCCAUGCUGAUACAAUAAAGCCUUGUCCUCAGUGUGAAUUCCCAAUCGAGAAAAAUCGUGGAUGUAACCAUAUAGUUUGUCAUGCAUGUAAAGUUGAUUUUUGCUGGCUUUGUACAGCCACAUUUGUUAGUGCUGAUGAAUGCUAUGAUCAUCUUCACCAAAAACAUGGUGGAAUUGCUGAUAUCGGCGAUAUUCUUUAUGACUAA